ACAAGACCCUGGCUUUUGCGUUUUUUUUGCCUCAAACUCCCAAAAGCCAAUUCGGCAGUCGUCACCGUGUUGUUGCGGAAGUGCCGGUGGACAGUAAUUCUCUACUCUGACAGUUGCAUUCCUUCUUCAGAGCAGAUUAUCCUAACUGGUUUUGUGCUGUAGCGCCAUCGUUUACGUGAAUAAACUUGAGUCAUGGCAGCCCUUAAAUACGCAGGUUUGGACGAUACAGAUAGUGACGAUGAGUUACCGCCCGGAUGGGAAGAGAGAUCUACGAAAGAUGGUUGGGUCUACUAUGCAAACCAUGAUGAGAUGAAGACACAGUGGGAGCACCCCAAGACAGGAAAGAAAAAACGUUGUGCUGGAGAUUUACCGUAUGGCUGGGAGAAAGAAACCGAUGAAAAAGGACAGAUCAUUUAUGUUGAUCACAUUAACAAGCGGACCACAUAUUUUGACCCGCGACAGGCUUUUACAGUAGAGGAUGUGGUGGUGAAGCCAAAACGGUAUGAUGGAAAUACUGCCGCUCUAGAGAUCUUGCAGGGUCAGGACCUCUCUGACAAAGUUGUCCUCAUUACUGGAGGCAACUGUGGCAUUGGCUUUGAGACAGCCAAGUCUUUUGCUCUUCAUGGUGCCCAUGUGAUCCUGGCGUGCCGAAACCUGUCCCGGGCCAGCAAGGCAGUUAGCCUCAUACAGCAGGAGUGGCACAAAGCAAGAGUAGAAGCCAUGAUGUGCGACCUGGCCUCUUUCCGCAGUGUCAGGGAGUUUGCUGAGUCUUUCAAGGCCAAGAAGCUGCUCCUGCAUAUUCUGGUGUGUAAUGCAGGAGUUUGCACUCAGCCUUGGAGCUUGACGGAGGACGGCCUAGAGUCUACCUUCCAGAUCUGCCAUCUAGGUCACUUUCUGCUUGUCCAGUGCCUACAGGAUGUGCUGCGUCGCUCGGCCCCCGCCCGUGUUGUGGUGGUAUCCUCUGAGUCCCACAGGUUCACAGACCUGUUUGACUCAUGUGGCAAGGUUGACUUGGCCCUGCUGUCCCCACCAAAGAAGGAGUACUGGUCCAUGCUGGCUUACAAUCGGGCCAAGCUCUGCAACAUCCUCUUCAGCAAUGAGCUCCACCGCCGCCUCUCACCUCACGGCGUCACCUCCAACGCCGUACAUCCUGGGAACAUGAUGUACACCUCCAUUCACCGAAGCUGGUGGCUGAUGACCUUUCUCUUCACGCUGGUCAGACCUUUCACCAAGUCUAUGCAACAAGGGGCAGCCACUACGGUGUACUGUGCCGUAGCUCCGGAGCUGGAGGGAUUAGGCGGCAUGUACUUCAACAACUGCUUCCGCUGCCAUCCGUCCAUCCAGGCCCAGGACCAGAGCAGCGCCGCCAGCCUGUGGGAGCUGAGCGAGCGCCUGGUUGCAGAGAUGUCUGCAGGAAUACAGGCCCUCUGAUGGACAGACGAGGAGGAGGAGGAGGAGGAGGAGGAGGAAGGUGACUAGCCAAACAGGAAUCAAAAUUGUAAGGGUCAUGGUGAUGUCCAUUUAGGUAUGAACUGAAUAAAAGGUAACUGUACUCUGACUGUACAAUACAAGAGAGCUGCCAAACCACGGAAGUCCAUCUGGAUAUGUCACAUCACUAUGGGGGCUAAAACACACUACAUAUACAGUACAGGGUGGGUAUUUCAUUUACACUCUAUAGAAUAAAUGAAAGCUUGAGUUGUGUUUAGCUCUGCUGUGGAAGUUUACAAUGGGCGGUGGGGGGGGGGGGAGAAGAUUUGGGACAAAUUCAGGAAUCAUUUAAAGUUUGUUCUUUCUCUGUUUGUCUCUGUAGCUUUUUUAUAACUCUCUCAUAUCUUGUCCUUUUCACGACUGUCUAUUUAAAAGAGUAAAGAAGCAUAUGACCUGUCUUAUUAACAACACAGGGUUACCUAAUAAGCAUACACUCUAUGGCAUAUGUAUCUUCUUCCGGCAAUAGUGUCACUAUAUGGCAAAUAUUGCGUCUUCCUGAUUAAUGUCUGUAUAUUCAGCAUCCUUUUGUCUAGUUCUAUGUAGAUGUUGAUGUUUCCUAUUGAGAUACAGAGAGUGUUGGUUAAUCUUUGUGCUAAAUCUUUUUGGGCAUAGAAGAAAUAAGGAGUAAUGGGCAUGUGACACUCAUGGAUAUAUAAACACACUAGAGAUAUGGUUAUUAUGGCUAUAUACAUUAUUCUGCAAUCAUCUUAUUUCUUAUCAAUGUCCCUAUUUGUUUUCUGUACAGUAUUUACAAUAUCCUGAUUUCUGAUCAUGUGCUAAAGGGGUGUGGACAUCAUAUUUUUUUUCUGUUCGCUAUUUGACUCAACCUACGUAUUAAUAAUCUAAACUCUGGUAAGUCUAAAUUACAAUUUGGAGGUAUUUCUGGGAUGAUCCGUGUCCAUUUGAAUAGCAAAUACAGAUGGUGGAGAAUCUUAUUUCCAGUCCAGGAUCUUUAAUAUCUGCGUUUCUUCCCAAGUUGUUGUAGCAGAAGAAUGUGAGUGAUUUCAGUCUCCUGUUAUUAUUUUAUCAUUGUUGUUUUAAUAUUUAAUGCUGGCUUUGGGGUUGCUCUGGAUUGGUUGCCCUGAAGCCGCUGUUGGGACGCUUUUGAGACAUUGUGCUUUAUGGCAGUCUGGGUGCCGUAGGUUGCUCUUGAUACAUCAGCAUUCCAGUGUCAUGAUAUCUGUAAAAUAAACAAAUGAGAGAGAA